UGACGACGGCAAAAAAUAGAGACACGAAUGGCAUUUUGGGAUGUGUAGUUGUCAUAAUAUCCCCCCACCCCCCACCAAAGGAUCUGCUCUUACAAAACAAAAAGAACACGACACGCGUGUAGAUGUGUACGUAUCUGCUGUUGUUUUGAAUACAUACAUAUCAAGAAGCCUCAGUUUAACUCUGAAGAGGACUGCGAUACACGUUUACAAUAAUCUAUGCAUCGCAGUUUGUUGCUCAUUCCAGCAUCCAAGCACAUUUGGAAGUUUGUGACACUCGAGAGCCAAAGACACUGCUCCUUUACCAAAUUAGUAGGUCCAAGCAGCAUUAAUAAUCGAACCACCAUGCCAGCAGAAAAACGCAAGGCAACAUUUGUCAAAAUGGACAACACCAAACGGCAGAAGCUGCAGGCUGUAAAAGAGGGGAAGAGGGAGAGAGUAGAGGGCUGGCUGCAGGAUGUGGUGGCAGAGCAACGGAAGGAGAAGAAGGACUUGAAAUUCAACAAGCAGCGCCUCCGUUUUCUGUCCCAAACCCAGAAGAUAAAGCAAGGUUCAGAGGGAGUAGUCUACUGGAUGAACCGGGAUCACAGGGUCCAAGAUAACUGGGCAUUGAUCUAUGCCCAGCUGCUUGCCCUCGAAGAGAAGCUGCCCCUGCAUAUUUGUUUCUGUUUGGUGGUACCACAAAACUCAGAGUUGGCCACCAUCCGCCAUUUUGGCUUCAUGCUGAGGGGACUGGAGGAAGUUGCAAAGGACUGCAGUGCCCUGGAUAUUCAGUUCCACCUGCUCCAGGGCUCCGCAGGAGAAUUGCUGCCAGGGUUUGUGGCGGACUGGAGUUUUGGGGCAGUAGUGACCGACUUCUCCCCUCUAAGGACACCGUUGCAGUGGGUGGAGGAGGUCAAAAAGGGGCUUCCGUCAGAUAUCCCCUUCAUACAAGUCGAUGCCCAUAAUGUGGUGCCCUGCUGGGUGGCAUCAGACAAGCUGGAGUAUUCUGCCAGGACGUUCCGUAACAAGAUCACCAAGCUUCUGAAGGAGUUCCUCACAGAGAUGCCUUUAGUGGACAAACACCCACACGCUGCUCUCCGAACCACCAAACCAGUAGACUGGGCAGAGGCAUUGUCCUCUCUGGAGGUGGACAGUACGGUGGAGGAGGUGGAUUGGGCCAAGUCUGGCACUGCAGCAGGCAUGGCCAUGUUGGAAUCUUUCAUCGACCUGCGCCUCAAGAACUUUGCCACUCAGAGGAACAACCCUAAUUCUUCUGCCGUUAGUCAGCUCUCGCCGUGGAUCCGCUUCGGUCACUUGUCUGCCCAACGCGUGGUGCUGCAGGUAAAGUGCUGUGGGAAGAGUGCCGGCGAGUCCGUUUCCUCCUUCACAGAAGAACUGGUGGUGCGCAGAGAGUUGACCGAUAACUUCUGUUUCUACAACCCCAGCUAUGACAGUGUGAAGGGUGCAAAUGACUGGGCCCAGAAAACGUUGAAAGAUCACGCCAAAGACCCCAGGCCAUACGUCUAUACCCGCGAGCAGCUGGAGAAAUCCCAGACCCACGACAAGCUCUGGAACGCAGCCCAGUACCAGAUGGUGAUUGAGGGUAAGAUGCAUGGCUUCCUAAGGAUGUACUGGGCCAAGAAGAUCCUGGAGUGGACCUCUUCACCAGAGGGAGCGCUCUCCAUCGCCAUCUACCUCAACGACCGAUACGAGUUGGAUGGGCAGGACCCCAACGGAUUCGUAGGUUGUAUGUGGUCCAUAUGUGGGGUCCAUGACCAAAAAGGAAAAUAACCCAUCUUCGGAAAUUAUUACAUGAAUUCAGGUGGCUGCACCCGCAAGUUUGACGUGGCACAGUUUGAGAGGAAGUACUGCCCCAAAGACCUGUAA